AUUCUCUAACCCUAAGUUCGUUUAUCUCUUCAUCUUCUUGGCAAAAAUAAUCUCGAAAAGUUAAGCCGUCUGUCUGGAUCGAAUCGUCAUCUUCAACGGACUCAUAAACAAAUUUAGUGCAUCCCCUUUACUUCCUUUCUCAGAUUCUUCAACUAUUACUCCACUGUCGAGGUUAACCUGCUUAGGUUCUGGAAAGCUGGAAACAUGAAGCUUGCUAGCAAGCUUAUGGGACAUACUCCUCAGCGAUGCAAAGGUUACAAAAACAGAUUCCAGAACUUUAUUAGGUAUCUUCCUGAAAUGGGAGACAAGGUUAUAGUCGUUACGACACAUGAAGGUGUUCCCGAAGAGUUUUAUGGAGCAAAAGUCAUUGGAUCCAGAAGCUUCCCUUGCCCAUGGUACCAAAAGGUACACCUCUCGCUUGCGCUUAGUCCUAGAAUUAUCUCUGAAAUUGCUCGCUUUAAGCCGGACAUCAUUCAUGCUUCUUCUCCUGGGAUUACGGUAACAAUAAAAAAGAGCCUCUUAGAAAUCACAUUGCUUAUUUACAAAUGCAUGUAUGUGAGGAAAUGUAAUGAACGACUCUCCUCUAUCGAUUUGACUCAAUCGUCGAAUUGCGUCUCCACCGUCGAAGUGUGUCUCAUCAGAUUCUUGGAGGCUCUCCCUCUGUCUGUGAUCAUCUCUCUACCAGCUAUAUGAUUGUCCAUUGUAAUC